CGUAAGUAUGGCACGGGUCCACGGAAAGAUCUGUAAUACACCUUACCGGUUUGUUCAUCAUGGCUGUUCAAGAAACACCUGUGUCGCGACGACUAAAGACAGUCAAACAUAUUAUCAUAGUGUGCUCGGGAAAAGGUGGUGUCGGAAAAUCCUCUGUGUCCGCCCAGCUUGCGCUCAGCCUCCAUGCAUCUUCUCCCACUGCUCGGGUCGGGGUUCUCGAUGUCGAUCUUACCGGCCCGUCAAUACCACGCAUGCUUGGUCUGGAUGGACAUGGUGUGCACCAGAGCAGCGAUGGAUGGGUGCCUGUGUAUGCAGAUGCGCUCGGGGAUGGUGAACCCAGACUUGGGUGUAUGAGCGUUGGAUUCUUAUUAAAGAAGAAGGGGGAUUCAGUGGUUUGGAGAGGGCCGAAGAAGAACGCUAUGAUCAGGCAAUUCCUGAGCGAUGUCAGGUGGGGAGAGCUUGAUUACCUUGUCGUGGACACCCCUCCAGGAACAUCUGACGAGCACUUGUCACUAAUCGAACAUCUUGCACCGGUACAUUCACGGCUGUCUGCUGUCAUUGUCACAACGCCGCAGGCUGUUGCACUACUGGAUGCUAUGAAAUGCCUAUCGUUUACUCGAGCUGUCGCACUUCCUGUCCUUGGACUUAUCGAGAACAUGAGUGGAUAUGUGUGCCCUUGCUGUGGAGAUGUUAGCAAUGUGUUCUCUACAGGUGGAGGUACAGAAAUGGCCAGAAGAGAAGGGGUGCCGUUCCUUGGUAGUAUGCCUAUCGACACGGAGUUGGUCACAUUGUUGGAUGCUGCCGAGCCCACAGAUCUAAGCGCUGCUGACGGCCAACACGAUGAAGAUAGCGAAGUUCGUUCAUUUGGGGUUUUACAACGGUAUCAGAAGACGUCUUCUGCGAAAAUUCUGAGUGCCGUUGUGGAGAACCUCAUAUCGACGCUGCCAUUGGUAGAACAUGCGUCAACGAGCAGCUCUGCUUAAGUAGUCUCAAGGGUACACACCAAAUCGUAAAUCGAUACAUACCGUUGAUGAUGUAUCCUUAGAAUGUGUCCCUCUUCGCGUACUGACACGGCUUUCAGCUCGGAGGAAGCGUUCGAGUCUAUUCAGAUAAGUGUCUGAUCAGAGAAGCGUCAACAGCGAAGCAUACUUAUCGAACCAUACCAGCAUACCUUCUGAGUGUCCUGAUGUAGGGAGGCAGACCACAUGAUAUUGAAGUCCUUCACACGACGGGUUAGACCACAGGCUAUUUUACACCAGCAAAUCAAUUGGCUCUUCGAUCUCCCGAGCUCCGCAACUAUAUCUAAAUGGAUACACUAUAAUAAAAGCUUGUCGCGAUCACCUUACCUGCUCGGUUCAUUUCAAGUUAAAGCGAAAAGG